CCACACUCGAGGAGAGACCUUGCGCUGCCAUCAUACGCGGCCAUUUCAUGGCUGAAGCGAAACGACCAUUAGAUUAAUAGAAACUCGAAAGUCCGCAGCCUCUGCCGCACUCACCGUCUUGUCUCAGUGACGGCCUAGGAAGAGGGCGAAAUCCCGCGAGAGCGGCCCAGAUCUCGGCAGAGCGCAAGGGACGAUGGUUUCCGUAGACAAGCUAACCUUUCGUAUCCCGAGCGUCGUAUGGUACCGUCCAAUGAGGAGGGAGGUCAGGAGACAACAGCCAAUAAGAAGAGUUGUGCGUCUAUACGGACUGUAAUUCAGCGAGAGAAGAGAGUUUUGUAGGCUGCCCGAGCACUGACAUGGGAGUCACAGAGCGUCUACAUUAAAGAACUGAAUCGUGCAUGUGUGUCAUGCUUAGGAUCCAGAGUGCAUUUUCUUCUCUUCAUUUCCUCUGUUCAUCUGUUGGUGGUGUGCAUAGUACUUUCAGGAGAAUGUUUUACGCUGUAAGGACUGGCCGUAAGCCUGGAGUCUACAAUACGUGGGAUGAAUGUAAAGAGCAAGUGGAUCGAUUUCCUUUAGCAAGGUACAAGAAGUUUGCCUCAGAGGAAGAUGCCUGGGAAUUUGUGAGGAACACUCAGGAAUCAUCAUCGAAAGGUUCUACUAGUGUUGAAACAAAGGAGCCUCCUACACAAGCUACAAAAGCUGCAGGACUGCAUAAUGUCAUACCUCAGUCCAGAAGAAAGAGACCACUACUACAGAGCUCAAGCACUGAGAAAGCAUCCUCACCUAAAAGAAGCAAGCUCAUUGAUAUCACUGAUUUACCAUCGUCACAUAAUGGAACUUUUACCUACAUGGGAGACGCUGCUGUUGUAUACACUGAUGGCUGCUGUAGCGGGAAUGGCCGGGUAAAAGCACGAGCUGGUAUAGGUGUAUACUGGGGGCAAGGCCAUCCUCUCAACCUUGCAGAAAAGCUUGAAGGGAGGCAAACUAACCAGCGGGCUGAAAUUCAGGCCGCAUGCAGAGCACUUGAACAGGCCAAAGCACAGAACCUCACAAAACUUGUGCUGUAUACUGACAGUAUGUUCACUAUAAAUGGUAUCACAAAAUGGAUCCAUUCUUGGAAACGAAAUGGCUGGAAGCUGAGCACUGGGAAGAAUGUUAUAAAUAGGGAAGAUUUUGAAAAUCUUGAAAAGAUGACCCAGGGCUUGGAUAUUAAAUGGUUCGGGGAAAAAAAUCGUGAAAAUCGUACGGAACCCAGCGCAGAUAAGGAUAUCUUCGAGACUUCUCCCAUUUACUUAUAUACAACCUCAGCAGAUGCACAUUCCAGGCCAUGCUGGCUUUGCGGGAAAUGAAGCGGCUGACAAGCUUUCAAGAGAAGGAGCCCGGAAAUCCUCAGAAGUCCAAUAACUGCUGCUCAUGCUGAGCCACUUGCACUCACAAUGUAUAGAAGCUAUGGACUUUGUUUCAUUAAAAAAUGUUUGUUUUUUUGAAUAUGCAAAACAUGAUUUUUUUUUUAUUUGUAAGUAAAAUUGCCA